AUUAUUAUUUAUUAUUAUUAUCAAUAAAGUGAUUCAGCUAAAAUCAUGUAUAUUUCCUGUAUACUCUCUUGAUUUACACUCCAGGCCUGUAGGUGGCAGCAAUGGGCCUUCAAGCUGGUUUGAUAGAUAUUAAUAGAAAGUCUAAAGAAGCAGGUGGGGACCCACGCUGACCUCCGGGAGCUUUCAGCUAAUGUACGAACUUUUAAAUAUUAAACACCACACACUGAUUUAACCUGAGGUUUUAUUCAUGAACCCUUUGUGGUGUUUAGUUUUUAAACAAGCCGCCGCAGGUUGAGUUCAAUUCGCGGUUUUAGCGUGUUUGUCUCCCUGUUAGCAUGCGGCUAACCGGGGUAGCUGUGUGACUCCAGCCGCCUCUCACCCUCCACAUCGCCGCCUCUCUUCAGUCUGCUUCUGCCCUGUUGUCACCUCGCUGGCUCCGGGGACUUCAUGUUGAACCGCCUCCCCGCUGCCCUCACUCUGAUCCCCCGCCGCCUGCUCCUCUCCUCCCCGAAGACUCUGACCCGAGCCUGCCGCCGCCUCCUCGGCAUGGAGCCCGCCGUGGUGAGGUGUCUCCCCGGGGAACCCAAACUCACCAUCUCCUUCACCCUGGACGGCAGCAACAAGCACAUGCUGCGGGACCAGAACGAGCCGCUGGCUAAGGUCCUGGCCCGGAUCUCUAACGGCCUCGCCAAGGGUCAGGGGAAGGCGAAGAAGUCGAAGAAGCACAAGUCGCAGCAGCCGAGCGAAGCCCCGCAGCCCUCGGCCGUGGUGAAGCUGUUCUACGGGGGGGACGAGGUGCCCGACACGGUGCUGAACUCGGAGGCCUGGCGGGACGGAGCCGUGCUGCAGGUGGGAGACGUCAAAUACUCGGUGCAGAGGAACUCGCCCACCUUCACCACCGCCGAGCUCCCGGUGUCUCUGAUGGCCGGGUUCCCCGUCUGCCCCAAACUGGAGGUGGAGUUCGGGGACCUGCAAGAGUGCGAGUUCACCUGGUUCAAAGAAACAGGCCCAGACACAAGCCCUAAAGUUGCUGGGGAGGUUGAAGGUCUGGAAUCAAGCUGGACUCAGGUGGGAUGUGGGAGAGUCCACAUCCCGUCCAAUAAGGACAUUGGCUGCAGACUCAAACUCCGCUGCACACCCAAAGAUGGAAGUCGCAGUGGCUUGGCCAAGGAGCUGGUCUCUGUGGGAGCCGUGGAGGCCGGACCAGGCAUGUGCACAUUUGACGACCGACACGUGUACACUGUCAGAGAGGCAGAGUGGCCCGCUAUUAGGGUUGUGUCCUACAACAUCCUCGCAGAUGUCUACGCCCAGACAGAACUGUCCAAGACGGUGCUGUACCCGUACUGCGCCCCCUACGCUCUGCAGCUGGACUAUAGACAGAACCUGGUCAAGAAGGAGCUGGCUGGAUACAACGCUGACAUCAUCUGUCUGCAGGAGGUUGACCAAGGGGUGUUUGUGGACAGUCUCACUCCGUCUCUGGAUGCCUUUGGUCUGGACGGAGUUUUCAAGCUGAAAGAGAGGCAGCAUGAAGGACUGAGCACUUUCUACCGCAGGUCAAAGUUCCAGCUGCUGAGUCGUCACGACAUCAUGCUGAGCGAGGCGUUGACCUCUGACCCCAUCCAUUCUGAGCUGUUGGAAAAGGUUUCUGCAAACAGCGACCUGAAGGACAGAAUAGUGCGGAGAUCCACCUCGCUGCAAGUCAGUAUACUGGAGGACCUGAAGACACCAGGCAGGAAGGUGUGUGUGGCCAACACUCACUUGUACUGGCACCCAAAAGGAGGGAACGUUCGCUUGGUCCAGAUGGGCGUCGCCCUCCGACACCUGAGUCGUGUGAUCCGCGAGGUCGCUCCUGGAGCUCCUUUAGUCUUUUGUGGAGACUUCAACUCCUCCCCCACCUCAGGUGUCUUCCAGCUGGUCACUGAGGCCGUGGUUCCUCAGCAGCACGCAGACUGGAGCAGCUCAGGUCAGGAGGAGUCCUGUAAUAUGGAGCUGCUCUCUGGUUUCCCCCCACUGCUGAGCGCCUGCGGCCAGCCGGCCUACACCAACUAUGUGGGAGGAUUUCACGGCUGCCUGGAUUAUAUCUUCAUACAACCUGACACUAUGCAGGUGGAGCAGAUGAUUCCUUUGCCAAGUCACCAGGAGGUCACAACCCAUAAGGCUCUGCCCAGUGUGGCACACCCAUCUGACCACAUCGCCCUCGUGUGUGACCUGCGCUGGAGCCCCUGACCUCUGACCUCUGACCUCCAAUCACCUGGUUAAAGAUGCUUGAGAACUGCAACUACAUUCUGACUUCAUUCUUAACUCUUGAAUGAAGUCUGAACAAAGUAACGUGUUCCUACAGGUUAAUGGAGAUCAACAAAAAAUCAUGUCAGAUUAUUUAGUCAUUAAUAUCAAGAACAAUUUAUCAUCACUGAUAUUCAGUGUUGGAUCUGUCACUUUAUAAAAGUUAUUAAUUCAUUCAUUUUGCUCGUUUGUUCUCUCAGAAGUGAUCAGUUUGACUGGUACACAUCAUAUCAGCAGUAGAAGUGUUGGGACUGGUUCUUCUUAAACAACCAUUAUAACAGAUUUUAGACCACAUGUAAACUCAUGAGAUUCAAUAUAAGUAUUUAUUAUUUUUAAUAUGGUCAAAGAAGUUGCUUGAAUUGUUAAAUAAAUUUGAGUCUACUGAAACGUCCAUG